UUCAGGUACAGCCAUGCAAAGCAAAACCUCGACUAUACCGAAUACAUUAACAAGCUAGAGAGAGAAACAUGGCUGAAGAAAAGAAGCUUCACAUAGCGAUGUAUCCAUGGUUCGCCAUGGGACACCUCACCUCAUUCCUCCACAUUUCCAACAAGUUAGCCGAGAGAGGCCACAUAAUCUCCUUCUACAUACCAACCAAAACGCAGUCCAAAUUACUGUCGUUCAACCUCCACCCACACCUCAUCUCCUUCAUCCCCAUAAACGUGCCUCACGUCGAAGGCCUCCCUCCCGGUUCUGAAACUACUUCUGACGUUCCUUUCCAUCUACUGCCCUUUCUCAUGACCGCCAUGGAUCUCACUCGUCCCCAACUCGAACUUUCCCUUCAAAACCUCAAACCCCAAUUCAUCUUCUUCGAUUUCACUCAUUGGGUACCUCAAACGGCAUGUCGUUUUGGGAUUAGGUCCAUCUGUUACGUAACCGUUAGCCCUGCAACACUCUGCUUCCUGAUCAGUUCAGACAGAGAAUUGAGCGAAGUUAAUCCCUUAACGGAAGCCGAUUUAUUAGAGCCUAAACCCGGUUUCCCAUCAUCGUACAUUAAAUUUAAGUCUCACGAAGCUCGGAAUCUGGUUAAAUUAACAGAAAAUGAAUUCGGGAGUGGCAUCUCAUUCCAUAAACGACAGCAAAUCUCGUUAAACGACAGCGAUGCUAUCGCCUUCAAAACCUCCAGAGAGAUGGAAGGAAUCUACUCCGAUUAUGUAGCCGAAAAGUGGGGGAAGACAGUUAUUCUGGCGGGCCCGGUCGUUCCUGAAAAACCGAAAUCGGUAUUGGAAGGUGAAACGGCGGCUUUUCUUUCUAAAUUCGAGAAGGGAAGUGUGGUGUACUGCGCCUUCGGAAGCGAAUGUGUUUUGGCGAAGGAGCAAUUCCAAGAACUUGUUUUGGGUCUUGAGUUAACAAAUAGACCGUUCUUAGUGGCGCUGAAACCUCCAAUUGGGUUCGAAACAGUUGAUUCAGCUUUGCCAGAUGGGUUCAAGAGGAGAGUUGGGAGUAGAGGGAUGGUCCAUGGUGGUUGGGUCCAGCAGCAUCUGAUACUGAGCCAUGGCUCGGUUGGGUGCUUUGUUACUCAUUGUGGUUCUGGGUCUUUACUUGAGGCUAUGGUGAAUGAGUGUCAAAUGGUUUUGGUCCCAAAUGUUGGAGAUCAGUUUAUUAAUGCGAGGAUUAUGAGUAAAGAUCUUAAAGUUGGAGUUGAGGUUGAAAAAGGAGAUGAAGAUGGGUUGUUUACAAAAGAAGGUGUUUGUACUGCUGUGGAGGCUGUGAUGGAUAAGGACAGCCGCGUGGGCGAGGAAGUGAGGGCAAAUCAUAAGAAAUGGAGAGAUUUUCUAUUGAGUGAAGGGCUUGAGGACUCUUAUAUUGAUGCCUUUAUCAACAAACUCUACGGUCUCAUCAGUACCUAGCAAGUAUUCAAAUUUGUAGGAACCCCAGAACUAGAACUACUGGCCUGCUCUGCUGGAAUAUUUCUUUUCAAGUUAAUUUUGUCUCAAAAUCUAUAUGUACUUUUAAAACCCUACGUACCUUUUUUUUUUUUUUUUUUUUUUGCCUGUUUCUAUCAUAUAAUAACUAAUGGAUUUUCAUAUUAAUCCUUUUGAGCCCGAUUUCAUUAUGUUAAUGAAUGUUUUUUUAAAAGUUA